AUGUGUGUGCCAUCCAAAACUCUCUGUAUCUUUAACAACAAUAAGCCAUGGUUCAAUGCCCAGCUCAGGCAGCUUCGCAGGGCCAAGGAAGAGGCUUGUAGCAGUGGAAAUAGGGUUCUAUAUAACCAGGACAGGAAUUCUCUCACAAGAGAAAUUAGGUUGGCAAAAAAGCGGUUCUCCGAUAAACUGAUAGAUGAUUUCUCAGAAAAUGAUUCUGUGUCAGUCUGGAGAGCCAUUGCUAUGCAUCAGAAAUUGGCGGAUGAGCUGAAUAAUUUCUAUUGCAGGUUUGAAAAGGCUGCAUUCUGCUUCAGAGUUAGCUCCGACCCAGGUAGACCUGAAUCCCUGUCUCCUAAUCCAUUACGCGUGGGUCAAGGGGAGGUGGAGGAGCUGUUCAGGAAGGUAAAACCUAGGAAGGCUUCUGGUCCAGAUGGCGUUUCACCAUCUGCUAUGAGGACCCUCGCUGAACAGCUCAUCCCCAUUUUCACCAGGAUUUUCAACAAAUCAUUAGAGCUGUGUAGGGUGCCCUCCUGUUUCAAAUGUUCCACUAUCAUCCCGGUUCCAAAGAAAUCAGUCACCGCGGACCUGCAUGAUUACAGACAGAUUUCCUUGAUGUCUGUGGUCAUGAAGGUGUUUGAGCGAUUAGUGUUAAACUAUCUGAAAAAGGUGACAGGCCCUCACCUAGACCCCUUGCAGUUUGCCUAUCGGCCGAACAGUCACGGAAAUGGGUUUCAGUGCAAACAAGGGUUCAUCGUGCCUCUGGAUAACGUAUGUGAUUUCACUGAUCACUGUGGGGACAACAGUGAUGAAAGUUCAUCUCAUUUUCUGGCAUUCUCAUCAGACAAUGCACCUGGCACUCAAGCAAUUUUAAGAAGCAGAAGAUUCCUUCCAACUGAGGCCAGGAUUUCCUGCCAGCUGAGAUUUUAUUAUUACUUUGCUGGUCUACGUUCAAAGCUUGUGGUAGGACUACAAAUACAGACUCAAGAUCAGAUUAAUGACAUUUGGAUACAGAAAGCCAGCAAUAAAAAUGAAUGGAGAAGAGAAGUCAUUACUAUUAGCAGUCUAGAGCCAUUUAAGAUCAUCAUCAAAGGAGCAGCUUUGGCUACUGGUACAUUUGAAACAAUUGCCAUUGAUGACAUUUCUUUCAGUGAGGGGUGUAAACCAGCUGAUGGGCAUUUUAUGUUUGUGGAAGGGAGCAUCAGCAAUUUGCACAAAAAGGCUUAUUUGAAAAGCUCCUUGUAUCACAACAGAAAGAGCUGUCAAUUCUACUUUCAUUACAUGAUUGAGAAAGACAACAGUUUGAGAUUACUGCUGUAUGCUGAUGAGCUUGCUUUUGAAGGCACACUAAGGAACAUAAAUGGAUUCAUUGCCUUGGAUACAUUUCAAUGCACCGCUUGUAAAGAAUCUUCUGGAAUUCCAAACUUUAGUAACGGAUCCUGCUUCAGCGCGGGAUCAACGUGUGACUUCCAGCAUGACUGUAGCGAUGGGAGUGAUGAGGACCCAGCGAUUUGCAAAAAUUUUAGAAGAUGUGACUUUGAAUCUGGCUUUUGUGAUUGGAAACCAAUAAACACAAAUGGCACAGUCUGGAAACUAAUCAAUGGGAAGACACACCGUGACAUGCUGAUAACUAGAGACCACACAACUAAUAGAGAAUAUGGACACUUCAUGUGCUUUGGCGCAGAGUCUGUAAAUGGAGAAGAAAUACCCUCCUCACAGCUGAAGACUGAUUUCAUUGUGAAACCUAUUACUACUGCUGUGUGCCAGAUACAGUUUUGGUACCAAUUGUGGGAAAACGCCAAAUUAUCAAUCUUAAGAAGGACAGAUCUGAAUCAGAGUUUGGAGUUACUUCAAGACAUUACUGGCCGCACAGCGAGCAGCUGGACAAAGGUCACUGUUACUAUGGAGAUAAGUUCGUUGGACAAAACUCAGAUCAUUUUGGAAGCUACACUUUUAUCAGCGCAGGCCAUAGUUGCGAUUGAUGAUAUCAGUUUAUCUCCAGAUUGUGGCUUUAUCAAUAACUCACAUUCAGGUCAAGCCAAAGAACCAUUGUUCCUUAAUUGCCCAUUAACGUCAUUUUCAUGUGGAGAUGGGAAAUGUAUAGCGUGGAAACAAUAUUGUGAUUUCAACAAAGAUUGCACAAAUGGCGUUGAUGAAGCAUUAUGCCCUGCUAAAUGUGACUUUGAGUCUAGUAGUUGUGGCUGGUAUGAGAGACACUAUGCUGAUGCGUUUGACUGGGUUAGGCAGUCAUGGAGCGGCCUAUCACCUGCAUACCGCUCCCAAGCCCCGCCUCAAGAUCAUUCCACAAAUACCUCUGAAGGUCACUUCAUGUUUAUACAGAAAAAGAGCAGUAACUUUACACAAAUUGCAGAACUGCGGAGCCCGAGGUUCAGCCAGGCAGGACCAGGCUGUUCUUUGACCUUCUGGUACUAUAACUAUGGACCAUCAGUGGGAGCAGCAGAGAUGCUAUUGCAUAUUGAUAACGAGAAUACACCCACUGUUCUCUGGAGGACAUACUACAACCAGGGCAGUCAAUGGCUUAAAGCAUUUAUUCAGCUCGAUCGCCUGUCAAAUCCAUUCCAGUUAUCAUUGAAUAAAAUCAGUAUGGGAUUUUAUGAAGGUGUUACGGCUAUCGACGAUAUUGUCUUUGAAGACUGUUCUCUGCCUCCUGCUGCAUCCAGCUGUAAUGGGACCGGCCUAUUCUGGUGUAGAGACACCAAGGCCUGCAUAAGCAUGUUAUUGAUGUGCGAUCUUAUCGAUGACUGUGGUGAUGGCUCUGAUGAGAUUAACUGCACCUCUGAAUUACAAUGUGACUUUGAGAAUGGACUGUGCAACUGGAUGCAAGACAUUGAAGAUGAUUUUGACUGGACCCGACACCAAGGUCAGACGCCAACUCUCGAUACAGGACCUAUGAAAGACCACACUCUGGGCACAGCCAAGGGACAUUACCUCUACAUUGAGACAUCAGAACCUCAGGUGUUCAGGAACCAAGCCGUUUUGCUGAGUCCAGAAAUCGACGCUACAGUCAAUUAUGAAAACAAAACCUGUAUCUUCCGCUUCUAUUACCACAUGUUUGGAAGGCAGAUUUAUUCAUUGUCCAUUUACAAAAGGACCAAGAAGAACUCAAGAGGCCAAUUAUUGUGGCAAGCAUUUGGGAGCAAAGGAAACAGAUGGUUUAAGAAAAUACUAUUCUUAAAUAGUACUCGGCCAUUUCAGCUAUUAAUCACAGGUAUGGUAGGCGAUGGAUUUACUGGGGACAUUGCAAUCGAUGAUAUGUCCUUCUACAACUGCACAUUGCAUAGAGGUACAUUACCCACCUGGUCACCAAUUCCACUGCAGACCUCCACCGUGGCCACGCUUCCUGUCCAUAACUGCACAGCGGGUGAGCAUGUCUGCAGGACGAGUGGGCAAUGCAUACCAACCACAAAGUUGUGCGACUUCAGAGAAGACUGUGCAGAUGGCUCUGAUGAAGCCCACUGUGUUCCAGAGCACUGUAGCUUUGAAAACAGAAGCAUGUGUCGGUGGAUUCAGCCAGGUGGACCUUCUUUCCAUCGAGACACGACUUUCCAGUGGGAACUUGGUCAAGGAAUCACAAUUCAUCCUGGAGAAGAGACUCACAGGCCUCUCAGAGACCAUACCACAUCCACAGAAGAAGGUUGGUAUUUAUAUGCGGACAGUUCCAAUGGAGAAUUUGGUCAUACAACUUACAUCAUGACUCCCAUUAUUUCCAAUACUGGACCUGAGUGUAAACUGACAUUUUGGACCUAUAUGAAUGGUGCAACUGUAGGAUCAUUACAGGUUCUUAUUCAGUUUGGCAAUGUGACCUAUGAACUUUGGUUCCAGAGUGGUAAACAGGGAGCAAGUUGGAAGAGAGCAGAGAUUUUUUUGGGAACAUUGUCUAACUUUCAGAUUGUCCUGCAAGCCAAGCGGGGUGUCAGCUACGUUGGAGAUGUGACCAUGGAUGAUAUAUCUUUUGAAGACUGUUCACCAAUGGUGAUCCCGGACAAAGACUGCACCUCAGAGGAGUUCAUGUGCUCCAAUAAGUACUGUAUUCCAAAGACCAGCAUGUGCGACUUUGUGAAUGACUGUUCGGAUAAUUCUGAUGAGAACCUCUAUAUAUGCAGUGCCUUUGUUGGACGAUGCAGUUUUGAAUUUGACCUUUGUGACUGGAAGCAGAGUCAAAACGAUGACUUUGACUGGAACCUGCGAGCUGGGAGCACCCCAACCGCCGGCACAGGUCCAGUCACGGAUCACACUUUGCAGACGCCAUCUGGGUUUUAUAUCUUCAUCGAAGGCUCAUUUCCACAUCUGCCAGGCAAGGGAGCAAAGCUUUCUGGCCCGAUGAUAAGCAAAUGGAGCAGAAAUUGCAAGCUAAUUUUUUAUUUCCACAUGUACGGAGAGGGCAUUGGGUCUCUGACCAUACAUCAGGUGACUGUGAGCGGCCAUGAAGUAAUGCUUUUAAACCUAACUGGAGACCAGGGGAAUUUUUGGCAGAGGAAAGAGCUAGCACUCCAUGAACUGGGAGAAGACUUUUAUGUCACGUUUGAAGGGAAAGUCGGCAAAGAUCAAAGAGGAGAUAUAGCGCUGGAUGACCUGCUGCUUUCUAAUCAGUGCGUGUCCUCCUCUGCCCUUGUCCCUGAUUCUCCCGAGAACUGGCCUGGGAAAGGCAUUUGCCCAGCCGGCUUUUGUGUGUGUAAGAACGGGAAGUUCUACAGCCCAGGGAAGCGGUGCGACUUUGUGAAUGACUGCGGGGAUAACACCGAUGAAAAUGAAUGCGGCACCUCCUGCACGUUUGAACAUGACAUAUGUGGGUGGCAGAACUCGGUGGCUGACAACUUUGACUGGAUUUUAGGGGGGCCUUCUUCUCAAACCCUGAGUCCUCCUAUGGACCACACGAUUGGAAAUGAACUUGGUCACUUUCUGUAUCUGGAGACGUCCUAUGUUGGACUACGAGGCGAUAAAGCUCAUGUGAAAAGCUCUAAGUGGAAAGAAUCAGGGCAAGAUUGUGAACUCAGCUUCUGGUACUACAUGUCAACAAAAGCAACUGGACAAAUACAAGUUCUUAUCAAAACAGAAAACGACCUAAGAAAAGUGUGGGGGAAAAGCGAGAAUCAGAAUGGAAAGUGGAAUAAAGCGAUGAUUCAUCUGGGGAAGCUGAGGAAUUUUGAAGUGAUAUUGGAAGGCAUAAGGACACGGGACUUUGGUGGAGGAGCAGCCAUUGAUGACAUUGAGUUUACAAAUUGCUCUACAUUUGGAGAGGUGCCUGGGAAAUGCCUGGAAGAUACAGAUUUUAGGUGCAAAAACAAAAAGUGUAUUGAAUCCCACCUGGUCUGUGACUACAAAUAUGACUGCAAGGACUUUUCAGAUGAAGCUGACUGUAGUGAGUACAUUAGCGCGCCUGGAAGCUGCAAUUUUGAACAACAAAAUCAGAACAUUCUCAUUGGAUGUGGUCUCUCACAAAACCAGACAGAUGGUUUGGAAUGGACUGUGGCACGAAGAGGUCAUCUUCACCUGUAUACAGAUCACACACCAGGUAGAAGAGGGUCCUUUCUUCACGUCAAUACAUCCAAUUGUCAGGCUGGGGACACUGCUCGAUUACUUACCACCAACGUCUUCCCUGCUACUUGUGAGACAUGCAGAGUGCGGUUUUGGUACUACAUAUAUGGACCUGCUCAGUCUGGGACACUAAAGGUAUAUAUAGUCACAAAGUACAGGCUGAAUAUUCUUUUGUGGUCAGCGACUGAAAGUGUGGAACACAGGUGGAUGUACAGCAGUGUUGUCCUGUCCAGCCGCAGCCCGUUUCAGGUGGCCUUUGAAGCUCAAGUAGGCGGGAACAGAAUUGUUGACAUAGCUUUGGAUGAUAUAACAUUUACACUAGACUGUUAUUUAGAAGGACCAUCAAUGCCAAUCCCUUCAUGCCCUCAGGAUUUUUUCACUUGCAUAUAUGAAAAAGAGUGUGUUCCCUUAUCUGCAACAUGUAAUGGAACAGAGGAAUGCAAAGAUGGUACAGAUGAAAUCUUCUGCCCUUCCCUGGUUCCUAGCUCAACUCCUGAAACGCUCUGCAAAAGGACAGAAUUUCAGUGUCUCGAUAAAUGUAUCCCAUUAAUGAUGCGGUGUGACGGCGUGAUAGAUUGUCUGCUUGGGGACGAUGAAAAUAAUUGCACUGCUUUGGUUGCCAUCAAUGGAUCUUUGCUGUGCAUCCCUUCUAAUACGUGGAUAAGUACUGAUCACCGAUGUGACGGGACACCCCAUUGCAGUAACCUCAUAGAUGAGUCUGGCUGUUCAGAAUGUCCUGAUGGAUAUUGCACAAAUGGAGGGAAAUGCUUCCUUGAAAAUGAAGUUCCAAUAUGCAGAAAACGAAUAGAGAAGUUUCAUCAUUGGAUACCAUUGCUCCCUUUAUACAAAAAAACACACACAAGUGGCCACGCUGUAUUAAUCAGAUGUAAGAAAAACUGGCAAGGGAGCCGCUGUCAUAUCAGUUCUCCAUUCGUAACGCCGCCCACGUCAGAAGCAGACAGCAAGGGUAUGUGGAUAGGUGUUGGCAUCGGCUUAGCGUGUUUGUGUGCUGAACUUGGGAUUGCAUUCUUAUGUUACUUUUGCAAAAGCAGGAAGCAUAGAGCCAGUAUUACCAGUGGUUUUUCCAAUCCGAACUAUGCAGGAAGAAGCGUGACGUCUCAGAGCGAGUUUUGUGAAACUGUGCAUCCUAAUGUCCAAAUAAGUGUUUUUCCCUGGAAAACAGCCAAUGAGAACUGCAAGAAAGAGUUGAAGGCCUGCUCCUUUCCCAACCCGCUGUAUGGCGUAACAGGAGAAAACAUAUAAUUUCCAUGUCACAAUCAUCUUGUUUGGUGCUGAAAUUUUCUUGAGAUGAGUUAUAAUAUCAUUUACAGCUGCAGUGAUUGUCAGUGUAAAUACCACCUGCUGUUCCAGAUACACAGUCACAAACAAAUGCCGUCUAAGUUACAUACACUGCUCAAAAAAAUAAA